AACAGUGUUCAUUUCUCUCGGGAUUUUUUAUUUUGCUUUGUGUUGUUUCCCAAGCAUCCUUUCAUACUCAGAUUAAGUUUUCUGUUACAAAUACCUCGAUUUAUCAGAGUUUUAAGUAAAAUGGAGUAAAUUUAGAAUCUUCAAAAUCAGGCGGAUUCAAGAUGGCGGAUACUUCGAGUUCCUUUUUAGUAAUAAAUGACGUCAUCAUGAUAUCACUGCUAUUGUUAAAGAUCAUUUAUGUGUUAGACAACUUCCUUGAUUUAUUCAGAGACCAUACUAUCUAAGUAAUUUAUCCUUUGUAACUACUUUGAGGGAAAUUUGAAUUCUGACAAUAAAUUCAACAAUAUGACGUCAGAAUGACGUCAGAUUCUGUCAUCGUGUCAAUCAGGUUAUGCACAGAAGUUGGAAAUGAUGAUUACAUUAUUGUGUGUAAUUUUUGUGGCCCUAAGAUGAGCGGGGGAUAGAGGGGGCUCCCGAGACCCCCCGCCCCCCAGGGCCCAGGAUGCAUAAAAAAAGGCCCGGUCUGAAUAGGGUUAAAGACGAUAAUGGCAAAUUAAGGCUGAAAGGGAUCAUUUAUGGUAAGUUUUAGGUCUUUAAACACGACAGUCACCAGAAAACCGCCCGGCGAAAAGCUUCAAAACGCGUUUUUCGGCAAAAUGUUAGGGGGCCAAUGGGUUUUAACCGAUCGUAGUCUUGGUUUGAUAAAAUAUACAAAUUCGAUCGCGAUUACUCGUAUAGGCAAAUUUUAUUACUUGCCUGCCCAUUGACAUACUGCGUGAUAUUACUUUUAUCCCAUCGAUCCUAAAGCGCGUGCAAAGAUGGCGGGUAUCGUGAAUAAGGUCUAUUGGAUAACUGAACGGUCACAUGUCCACGUCCACGUCAGUUAUCUGGUUAUGAGGUUAAGUUACAGUGAGUGUUCUGAUAGCCGAUUUUUACUCACAAAUUAUGUUCUCGGGAUAGCAUUUGGAAAAGUUCUUUUCCUGGCAGUUCGUAUCACAAUUGAGAUCACCAAAGGUUCGAAAGAAUUCAAUGCCUUCAUUGAACUGUUUGCAAGUUGAAUUUUAAUACAACUGCCUUUUUCCCAAUGUUCCAGAACUCAAUAUAUACACACGCUGGGCCAACAACCAAUUGCUAACUUUCUAAACGGGAUGCUCAAACCAGAAUAACAAAGCUUUUCGGUCAUACCUUACUUAUUGAUAGGAAAAGAAAGAAACUUCAGGAAAUCAAGCAGAAUAAAUUCUUUGGGGACACCAUAUGAUUAUGGAUCCAUCAUGCACUAUGGAGCGAGGUAUUUCUCUAAGAAUGGCAAGCCUACAAUUGUUCCCAAGAAGCCAGGGGUUAGUAUUCAAUAACGGAUGGUUUACCGUGUGUGAUUUUUGUUUUUUUGUUUGCAAAUCACUGACAGAUAUUGUUAUCAAAUAUUACUAGGUUACCAUUGGAAACAGGAUAGCUCUCAGUCCCAUUGACAGUCGCCAAAUGAUGUUGCUCUACAAGUGCAUUGGAACAUCACGUAAGUACAAACUGUACCCUACCUUCCUUACUAUGCAUUUUGCUAACACCACUAUCAUGUUUGGUCUCGGAUGAGUGGUUUAUCGGAAAUGUAAACAAACAAACUGAGGCGUUUCAAGACUCGAGACUAGGGACCUUAAAAUCCUACGACGGCGUCGGUAACGAGAACAUCAAAACGACACUGCACGACUACGACGUGAAAAUGCCUAAUCGUCUUCACGUUGUACGGUGCACAUAAACAAUCAAGGACGAAACUAAGAGGCAAUAACGAAAUAGAGAGCUGAAGCAUCACGUUUACGGCAAACAGUAAACGCGAAUUUGUACCACGUGACCAAGUUUCCACUUAACUUGUCGUUUACUGUUAAUUAGUUAUAUACAUUAAUUAGUAGUCUCAAGCAAUUUUUUAUCCAUAAGAAUUGUUUUGAGAUGUUUUUUAUCUGCUCAUUUUCCAUUUUGAGAAAUUCUCACCUUGAAUCUGACGUUUGCCUUUUGCCGUAUACAUGAAGCUUAAACUCUCUAAUAACUGAUUCCGUCGAAAAUAAUAGGCACUAACGAAAAGUGAAAGUUGAAAGGGGCAAAGUCUUUGUCGGGAAAAGGCAUUGAUAGAUUGCGCUAGGAUAAUUUCUGGCACUGGCAUAAUUUUCACGCAUUUCCCGAAAAAAGCGCUGCUGACAUAAUUUGCACCUUUGGCACGGUUUUGCAGCAUCAAAUUGUCAUUAUUGACUGGUAUGCAACCAAUUUGUGUCGACCCGAAAUAAGAGUACGGGCAAAUUUAAGUAACAAAAUCAAUAUUUUGUCUGUUUAUUGUCGCAUUCACGGGACCUGGGUCUGACAGGAAGUGAUCUACGACCUUUCCACAGGAGUCAACGCAAGCGCAUUACUGAAAUAGCUCGAUUACCCAAGACGGGCGUCCGUGUGCUGGUUUUUGUUCGAAUUUUACAGAUUAUUUUCAGAGAAUGAAUUUCUAGAUGUAAAUAGGUUAAAUGUGUGUACCAUUUACAUGUUUUUUGCAUAGUUAUUCACUGGCUAUUGGGGUAUUUUUAACAAAUUUGAAAGUAGAGGUCUACUUCGGCAUAUUUUGUCAAAAUGAGAAUAAUUUACAAAAACUUGAAUAACUAGUUAUUAGCAUAUUUUUAGGAACAUAAUAUAUACGUGCACUGCUGGUAGCAUAUUAUGCUAAUUUUUCUAGCACAAUCUAUCAAAGUCUAGGCGUGAAACGAAUCCCAGUAUUAAUUGACAUUUGCUGUAACUACGACUAGUUUAGGAGAUCAAAAACAAAAUUGAAGUGGACAAUGUUAAUGAGGAUUAGAUGAACAUAAUGGGCGUGCUUAAAUGGAGCAAGCUCGUUUGAGAUGGAUGGGGACCAGGAGAGAAGAUCUACGAAACCGACUUGCUUCGAAUGAUAAGGAAUAGAAAUAGUACAACUGCUGCUUUUUUACCUGAUUUUAAAGCUUUUACAAUACUUAUUUCGAACAUUUGAGUUUUUUUAAGUUUCUAAGGCUUUGCAGUAUAUAUUUGAGUAUAAAUUAAUGAUCGCUGUGUCAGCAUGAUUUCUUUAUUUAACGUGAUACGGCAUUUAACAAUCUUGUCACAAGGCAUUUUGAUGUAAUCAGUCAUUAAAGUUUACUUAUUGAGAGUCUCUGAGCAUUUUUGCAAAAAAAAAAAGACAAGAGAAGCUAAAAAGGAAUAGGACAAGUAUUGAAAACGUUACUCUGUAAAAUGCAAGUCGUGUUUAGAAUAAUAUCGUAAACUAUCCACUGUUGCGUGCUUCCCUUUUUUUCAGCUUUUAAAUGCAAUUUUGAAGCAAGUUUCUGCGGUUUCAAACAAGCGAAGGACGAUAAAUUUGACUGGACCAGAAAAACAGGAAGAACACGGUCCUACAGGACUGGACCAAGUGGUGCACAGGAAGGAAGUAAUGCGAAAACAGAUACUUUUUGUACUGAUACUAUAUGAUAACAUAUGACGAAGAACUAUAUGAAAUUAUAUCAAUUCCCCGAAAAGAUUCAGCCGUUUCAAUUUUAUUUCUAAUAAAUUACCAGCUAGGAAGCCGUUUUAUUUGUAAUCUCUAGUUUUUCUAUCUGCCUCAUAUUGUUUUCCUUUUUUUGACGAGAUUUCGCAGUAGUGAUGUAUACAGUUUCAAAAUGUUUUAGAUUUUAAAAAGGUCGAUGUGACUGUACCAUAACUCGAACGAAAGAGAAAGCCAAAUAAUACUGAUAUUGGUGGUUAAUUUAGGAGAUCUGAUCAAUGUUAGAUCCGAUUUGGCAUUAUAUUACUAACUGGUUUCGUACAGCACAACAUGUACGGCACUCCUCGAUCAGAUAAAAUUGGUGGUUAUAUAGUUUUCAUUCAACCAGCGUUCGUAUAAUUUUCCUGUUCGAAAGGUGAAUAUAGGACCUUUUAUUGGCAGCUCUUUAAUAACCAUUUUGACCUUAUGCAAAAAUUAUUGGAAACUACGGUGAAAAACGCUAGAAUAUAAAAGUAGCAUUGGGAGGAGUCAAUUUGAGGUGAAUGGCCCAGAAGGCUAUCAAUUCUAUGAGUUAUGGUGUUAUAUGAGUUUUAUAUAUAAGGAGAGAGGGUUGUCCUCUCUUGGUUUAAUGAGAUCUCAAAAGGCCACAAAUUCUCUCUGUUCGAAGUAAAAAAAACCUUAAAAAUUAGCAAACCGCACUAAAAUAAUUUCAUUUAUACCGCUUUUUAUUUGUAAUGCUUAAAAGUGCUCUUAGUCCAUAUCUUGCACAUUUUCUGCAGAGUAUUAUGCCUACAUCGAGACAUCAUAUCCAAGGAGAACUGGUGACAACGCCAAAAUUUCCCGGAUGGUUACUCUGUCAGGGAAGUCUUGUCUGAGGUUCUACUACCACAUGUAUGGAUCCGGAAUGGGCACUUUGAGAGUUAAACUAAGCGGUGCUGUGAUUUUUGAGAAAACGGGAGAUCAGGGAAACCAGUGGAAAAUGCAAACAAUUCGUCGACUUCAAGGAUCGGGUUGUAAGGAGGUA